CAGCUAGGCUUUGUCGUGCAUGAUCUGGAUAUAGCUAUACGAUUUGCAUGCGCCCGUUCUUUUCGAGAAUAUGACCUUUGUACACACCACCAUUUGGCCAUGACAGUGCAGACAUAACAGCCAAGUACUGCUCUCCACUAACCUGCACGCUGAUGUGAAGAUUUGUCGGGUAGUAUCGGCAGACUCUCCACCGAGGGCUCCGUGCUCCUUCUGUGUGACAUGCAAGAGAAGUUCAGACCCAACAUCUUCCAGUUCACCAACAUAGUCAGCAAUGCUGCCAGGCUGCUUCAGGCUAGCCGGGUCCUGGGCAUCCCCCCCAUCGUGACCGAGCAGUACCCCAGGGGCCUGGGCCCCACCGUGCCAGAGCUGGGCGCCGGGGACCUGCCGGCCUACGACAAGACCAAGUUCACCAUGCUGACGGAGGAGGUGAAGGAGGAGCUGCGGGCCCUGGGGAGCCCCAAGCAAGCCAUCCUGUGUGGGAUCGAGACCCAGGCCUGUAUCGCGUGCACGACCUUUGACCUGCUGGAGAGUGGCGUAGAAGUCCACAUUGUGGCGGAUGCCGUCUCCUCUAGAAGUCAGACAGACAGGUUGUUUGCGCUGUCUCGACUGAGACAGAGUGGAGCCUUCCUCACCACCACAGAAGCUGUUCUGCUGCAGCUGGUCCAAGAUGCCAAACACCCCUGCUUUAAGGAGAUCCAGAAGCUGUUGGUUCACCCUUCGCCAGACACAGGCCUGCUGGCGUUCUUCAGCUCCCUGUAGGAGCCCCGCUCAUCCCCGCUCAUCCCUGUAGGAGCCCCGCUCAUCCCUGUCUCCGAGGCUGUCAGAGGCCUCGCGCAAUGCACUGUGACACUGUGUGGCCACAUACUGAAAUAAAACAAACAAGUUAACACUU